AUGACAGUCUCCGAUCCGAAUGCCCGCACUUUGAGCUCAUCCUGUUUCGACUUUCUCCUGAUCGAGCUGGUGCCUAUGGCAGAGCGUCUUGCCAGAGAGAUAUCGACCGUCGAGAAUGAACCGGAGGAUGAUGAGGUCCGAGAAACAACUUACUUCCGCCUUGAUUCUUUGGGAUACCGGGUUGGACAGGGUCUUGCAGAGCGGUUCUCUCGCGAUCGCCCCCGAUUUACCGAUAACCUCGAUGUCAUCAAAUUUCUUUGCAAGGAUCUCUGGACGGUCCUCUUCCGAAAACAAAUUGAUAAUUUGAAAACAAAUCACCGGGGUGUCUAUGUCUUAACCGACAGUGCGUUUCGGCCAUUUGCUCGAAUGAGCAUGGCCGUGCGGGGGGAGGCUAUAUCGAUGGCUCAGGCGUAUCUUUGGUUUCCCUGCGGUGUUAUUCGUGGAGCCCUAGCGAACCUUGGCAUUAUCACCACAGUCCAAGCAGAAACAUCGGAUCUUCCUGGAGCGACAUUCCAAAUUAAAACCGUCCAGGCUCGCCCAUGA